AUGGAACAGGUAACGUUGGCCGUGGAAGUUGAGGAGGAAAAGCCCGACCUACUGGACAAGCCAACGGCCACACUGAUCAUCAUUCUGGUGUGGGUGGUGGCCUGUGGCGUCAUUAGCAUAAUGGGCGUGGUCGGGAAUGCCAUCAACAUCGCGGUCUUCAUCAAAAUGGGGCUGAAGGACACCGUAAACAUUUCGCUGCUGGGCCUCGCCGCUGCGGAUAUGUGCAGCUCCUUCCUGCUCAUUCUGAUUGGCCAGUUCUACAGCCCGCUAAUGGCGUCGAAGGAUUUGUCGUUCAUCGCGUCGGAGGUUGAGUACUUGUCGUUUGGCUGGCCCAGAGUCUACUUCACUCGUUGUGUGUCCGGCAUCACGGCUUUCGUGGCGUUUGAGCGAUGUCUGUGCAUCACUUUCCCGCUCAAGGUCAAGACUUUGAUCACACCCAAGCGGAGCGUGAUUGCCGUGGUGUCUAUCUACGUCAUCAUGGCGCUCAGCGUGAUGCCCACCUACCUCAGCACGCGACUCGGCUACAAGUUUGACGAGACUCGGAACAGAACAGUAUACGGUCUACUUCUCAACGACAACAGGCAGACAAUAGACGGAAUCGCUUUCGUCAUGGGAGUCUUUCUCGCCCUGACGUCAUUCAUCUGGGCUUUCGUCUGCGCGUGCGUGUUAAUCUACUUCCUCACUCGGCAAAACUUUCCUGGAUCAAAACUAUCAGCCGACCCUAACAGCGCUACAAGCAACGCUACAUUCAACAAAGAAUCUCGAAUCGCCAAAUCGAAACAAGCCGGGAAGAUGGUGUUCCUGAUAACCGUCAUCUUCGUGCUGUGCUACAUCCCCUCCAACAUGCUCCAGCUCACCAUGGCCCUGGUGUCGGACUUCAACAAGGGAGGCUACUACAUCAACCUACGACAGGUCUGCUGGGCACUCGGAAACUUUAUGGAGGCCGUCAACUCUUCAGUGAACAUAUUCAUGUACCUGCGCAUGAGCUCUCGCUACAAAGCUUCGUUUUUGACGGUUUUUCCCAAAUGUUCCAGCGUGUUGCACAUUUCGCCAGAACAGAAAUAA